AUGUUCGCCUGGUGGCUCGCGCUGCCGGUGCUGGCACGGGCACAGAAUGAUGAUGAUGUUGGUGGUUUCUGCCCUGAUGGAAGUUGUAUCAAUUGCAACUACUGUGACGGGAGCUGCUUCUCUACCUGCAGCUGCAACACGGAGCUGAACACGUGCUGUUGCCAAGCUCCCCCAGGGUACUAUGCGCGAGGCUAUGAGAAGAUUCCUUGCCCGGGUGGGACGUAUCAAGACUCCACCGGGAAGACAAGCUGCAAACUGUGUAGCACAGAUGCUACAGAGCUCUUUGACGUGAACUACAGAGGCGCCGUAGAUUUGGUGGCCUGCGAAGAGGCCAAAUGCAGCUCCCGCUGUGGCAAUAGCACGGAUUGCGAGGUGCAGUGCGUCUCCUCAGUUUUUGUUGAGACUGCGAUGAUGUCGCACCCUGAGAACAUCACCUUUUGCUCCGGAUUGGAGCAGCCCGUGGAUCCACAAGGAUGCUCUUGGCAGAGCACUCCCAGCUCAGCCCCGGGUUGGCACAUGGAGGUGUUUGCCCUGACACUGUGGCUAGCACUGUGCUGUGCCCAGUAG